UCCGCGGUUCCGCUUUCCGCUUUCAAGGUGCCCUUAUCGAGGCAGUAGCGCAGUAGCAGCUGAGUGCAUCGUUGCUUGCGUGUCGAAACUUGUCAUUCUUCGCACCGGUAAAAUGUCCCGUUUUUCGUGUGUUGAAGCUGCUCCACCCGUCGAAAUAUUCGCUCUAAUGCGAGCAUACCGCGCUGAUGCAUUUCCUCAAAAAGUGGAUCUUGGUGUGGGAGCUUACAGGACUGAGGAAGCCAAGCCAUGGGUUCUGCCUGUAGUACGCAAAGUUGAAAAAGAAAUGGCUGAGGACUCUUCACUUAACCACGAGUACCUUGGUCAGCUUGGUUUAGAUGAAUUCAGCAAGGCAGCUGUCAGCAUGCUGCUGGGCAGUGAAAAUGAAGCCAUCAAAGACGGCCGAGCAGUCGGCAUCCAGUGCCUCAGUGGAACUGGCUCAUUGCGGGUUGGGGCAGAUAUGCUGCGUAAGCAUGCGAAAUUUACAACAGUCUACAUGUCGACUCCUACCUGGCCUAAUCAUGCUCUAGUAUUCAAGUAUGCUGGCUUUGAAAACAUCAAGUAUUACCACUAUUGGGAUGCCAAAAAUCGUUGCCUUGACUUUAAUGCCAUGAUUGAAGAUCUGCAGAAUGCACCUGAAGACUCUGUUGUUGUGCUGCAUGCCUGUGCGCACAACCCAACUGGCAUCGAUCCUACAGAGGACCAGUGGAAGAAGAUUGCUGAAGUCAUGAAGGCCCGAAAGCUGUUCCCUUUUUUUGACUGUGCUUACCAAGGAUUUGCUUCUGGAAACCUGGAAAAAGACAGCUGGGCUAUACGGUACUUUGUUUCUCAAGGCUUUGAACUCGUUUGUGCACAGUCGUUUGCCAAGAACUUUGGUUUGUACAAUGAACGAAUUGGCAACCUCUUGCUUGUUAUUGAUGACAAGGAAGCCCUAACAAAUGUCCUGGCUCAAAUAACAUUGCUUGUGCGUGGGAAUUAUUCGAACCCUCCCAAUCAUGGUGCCCGCAUUGUCUCUAAGGUUCUCAACACACCGGCAUAUUUUGAGGAAUGGAAAAGUCACAUUCAGACUAUGGCAAGCCGAAUAAUUUCAAUGCGGAAAGCCCUUCAGGAUAAGCUGCAUGAACUAGGAACACCAGGAAGCUGGGAGCACAUCACGAAACAGAUUGGGAUGUUCUCGUACACUGGGCUAAACCAGCAGCAAGUGCAGCACCUUGUGCAAAACUACCAUGUAUACUUGCCGAAAGAUGGCCGCAUCAGUAUUUGUGGUCUGAACACUGGCAAUGUGGAGUAUGUUGCUAAGGCCAUCCACGAUGCAGUCACAAAGUUUCCCCAAAGCUAAUCGACUGGCUAGUGUCAUGAAAGAAAUAGCGAAGGUUGUAGAAACACUCAGCCAAGUACUGAAUGUGUAUGGACUUUAGUCUUUAAUCAUCCUUUUUAGCAAGUAAUUGUUAUUUUGUGUUCAAGCUCGUAUUUUUAUAGAGCUUAAGCCUUUGAAGACUAGUUUUAUUGUGACUGUUUUGAAAUUGAUCUGAUGCUGCUAAGUGCAAAGCAGUUUAAGCAUGAAGAUGGUUGUAAAGAAGAACAUGUUUUUUGUGCACUGAUUAUACCCCAGGCACAAAAAAGUAUUUUUUGUUUCUGAGAUAGUGAAUUUACACUAGGCAUACUGUUUAGAUUUUUGAAAUGGGCAAUUCAUCAGCUAUCUAUCUUGAGUGCACAUGUUUUUAUCUUAUUCUACCACAGCAUAUGCACUGAAUUGCCAAAGAUGUAUCUUUUGAAAUAAUUGUUUUUGUCUUGUUAAUAUUAAAUUUGCUAAAAAUCCAAAAA